AUGGAGUCAGGGGGUGGCAGCUAUGAUCUGGAGAUCGACGAAGUUGUUUCGCCUUCAGUCCUGCGCUGCGUCCCGGCACGUCAAAGACCUUGUCGCGGUCUCUGGUCGUUGCCUGCCCCUUUUGUAGACUCUCGAGAGCGGGCGCAAACCAGUGAGAGCAGGAAGGAUAUCCUCCGGAGGGAGAUCGGAGAGGACGAACGAAAACUCAAAAAGGAGACCAAAGAAUACCGUCAGGCGUGCAAGCGUGUGAAAUCAUCUCUGGCUGACAAGGCGGUGGAGUACUUGAAGGUCCUCAAAGCUGAGCGGCAGAACCUGGAUAAGGAGAUAGAAGAGAUCCAACACGUGGCGGAACGCACGCAAGAGGGAAUUCAGGAGGAACCGUCGGCGUCCGAUUGUCAGUGUCAGAUGUGCUUCCGGAGGUGGGGCCCCGACAGGCGGCAGGCGGCUCUCAGCUGCGGCCACGCCAUGUACUGUAAGCCGUGCCUGGAGACCUACUUCACGACUCCUCUAGCGCGGCGGACUAGAGACGAAGAGCGAUUUGAAGAUGACGACGAGGAAGAUUCGUAUCGGUGCCCUCUGGGCUGUGACAUCGGUCGUAACACAAGUCUUCUAGAGCUGUUUUUGUAG